AAAGCCGCUCUCACAGAGGAUGCAUACCGUCUGUAGACCCGUUUGAAGACAAGGGACGCGACUCUGAGCUACGGUGUCACACUGGCAGUUUUGAGUUCCUGUUUUCUGUAAGCUGGAAACAAUUCAGCUUGAAAGAUGUUGACGGAUAUGAUUUUGGAAGAAGAGUUUGAGAAGAAAGUGGAUUCCUGGUACAACCAGCAGGACAUUGAGGACGAUCUCCAUCUGGCAGCAGAGUUGGGCAAAACUCUCCUGGACCGGAACCAUGACCUGGAGCAGGCCCUGCAGCAGAUGUAUGCUACCAACCAGGAGCAGCUGCAGGAGAUAGAGUACCUGAGCAAACAGGUGGAGCUCCUGCGUCAGAUGAAUGACCAACAUGCUAAGCUGUACGAGCAGCUGGACAUGGCUGCCAGGGAUGUGGAGCAAAGCAACCAAAGACUAGUGCAGGACAACCGGCUGGCCCAAACCAAGAUCACCGGUUUAACAGAGACCAUUGAGAGCCUCCAGAGCCUCAUAGAGGAGCUGCAGACCCAGAUGGAUGAGCUAAAGGCGGCUCAGGCAGAGAGAAACAAGAGAGAGCUGGCAGAGCAGCGACGUAGUAUUGGAGCACAGAGUGUGUCGUGUCUCAAGGAGCUGUAUGACCUCCAGCAGGACAGGUAUCUGACUCAGAGCGACGGACUCUGGUCUCCUCAGAGCUUCCUCUGUGACAGAGACAGAAGCCCUGACCCAGAGGAGGAGAACCAGGCACUACAGCACUCCAUCCAAACCCUUCAGAGGCAGAUCGCCACAGAGCGAAGCCGUAGGGAGGCUGCAGAGCAGGAGAUGGAAUGCACAUCAAGGGAGAAUAGAGGCCUGGAGCAGCGGCUGGCCCGGCUAGAGGGCUGCUGGGCCCGGCAGAUGGAGCUGGAAGAGGAGGUGGAGCAGCUGCGACUUCUGUGGCGUGCCAACAGCAAAUUCAGAAGACCAGAGCAGCUCCUGCUGCCUGAAACGGUGUUUUUUGCCUUUGAAGAAAGGCAGAGUGAAGCAGGCAACCCGUCAGAGAAGGAAGAGGAGCAGACAAAGCAAGUUCGACAGAGGUGUCACAGCGACAGUGUUUUAAAGGCCACAAAUACAGACGAGCUGCGCCGUAGUCACGAGCAGCUGUGCAUCAGGAGGGCAGAGGCAGUAAAACAGAGAGGCAUCUCUCUGCUCAAUGAGGUGGACGCACAGUACAGCGCCCUCCAGGUAAAAUACGAGGAGCUGCUGCAGCGUUACCGUCAUGCAACAGACGGAUUGAGUUACAAAACUGUCCAGGCCUCCAGCGGUUCCCCUGCCAACGCAUGGGCGCGCCGUCGCUUCUCCAGCUCGGCUGUACCUUCUGAUCUAAAGGUUCUUCCUGAAGACGGCCAGCAGCCUGAGUACAAAGUUCUCUUCAAGGAGAUCUUCAGCCGCAUCCAAAAGACUAAAGAGGACCUCAGUGAGAACAGGCAACCGGCAGGCAGCCAUAAUUCUGCAGAAUGACUGUCCUUACUUCAUCUACCCUAGAUUUGCUUUGAUUUCUGUUCAGGAGAGACACUGAAUAUGCAAAAACUGCGUGUUUUACACUGUUGUUAGUUUGCACAGUUUUUUUCUUUCAUAAUGAUGGAAAAAAUCAGGAAACAGGAAAUAGAUUUAAAGUAAUAGCUGUGUUUCACACAAACAGGGGAAAAAACAAAUGUAGAACAAUAUAAUAAAGAAAUGAUGUACAUGGAGAUCUUUAAAAAUGCAUUUCAAGCAGUCCAUAAGUAUUAUGUUUUUCAGUUGUAUUUAUUUCAUUUACCUCAUGAUUCCUUCUGAUUAGAAAACAAAAAGCACAUGGUUUAUAAGAAUGCAUUAUGUAAAGGUAAAUUUGUAGCAUCAGAAACAAAAAUGUAACUGUAAUAUUGGGAUAUUUAAUGAAAAUCACAAGUUUGUUGGUGCAUAACUUUAAAAUUGUAGGGGAUCAACUUUUUCUUUUAUUUAUAACAGUUCAAGCAUUAUUGUUGUACCACAGGACACAAAAAAAGCUCUGCACAUUUUAUUUACCAAUUGAUGACUUUUCUGUUUUAUUUAUUGAUUACGAUAUAUAUAUAUCAGUGUAGGAAGCUUUCUUGUGGAGUCUGUUUAAUUGAUUAGAGGUAUAAAUGUGCUUAUUUAUACUGUGUUGUAAAUAUGUCCUUUAGAUAUUUUAUUUAAAAGUUCAUUUUGUUAAAGACAAUUCUAAUGAAAAUGAUAGGAAUCACCAAUGUUCAGACCUCAGUUGUUACAGCCUUCAUUCAAAAAUAACUGUCACGUUAAUCUUUUUACCCUCACCGUAUGUACGUUUCAA